GGGGCAGCAGCGUCUCCCCUUCGGAGACCCGGGGUGGGGUGAGCAGCCUCCCUGAGGGCUCCGAGCCUUCCCCAGGAGAAGAGGCGAUUGUUUCCUCUCUCCCUCCCCCCCCCCCCUUUCCAAGCUCUGGGGGAUUCAGUUCCCCUCCGCUUGUUGAGAUCAAACUUCCCACUGUGGGGGGAGGAGGGGACUCGGAGCAAAGGGAAGGAGCCGCUGUGGCUGCCCCGGCGUGGCGACAAUGCUGUCCAACUCUCCGAACCCGAAUCCGCAGGUGCUGUUCCCCACCCCCCCUCCUCCGCCCCCACCGCCCCCCCAGCAGCACCCCCCGAUCCAGCAACAGUUCCCCCAGUUUAACGUGAAAUCAGGCCUCCAGAUCAAGAAAAAUGCCAUCACGGAUGAUUACAAGGUCACCACGCAAGUGCUGGGGCUGGGUAUCAACGGGAAAGUUUUGGAAAUCUUUAACAAGAAGACUGGGGAGAAAUUUGCUCUGAAGAUGCUGCAGGACUGCCCCAAAGCCCGCAGGGAAGUCGAACUCCACUGGAGGGCAUCGCAGUGUGCCCACAUCGUAAAGAUCAUUGAUGUCUAUGAAAACCUGUACCAGGGGAAGAAGUGCCUGCUUAUAGUCAUGGAGUGCUUGGAUGGUGGGGAGCUCUUCAGUCGAAUUCAAGAUAGGGGAGACCAGGCCUUCACAGAACGGGAGGCUUCAGAAAUAAUGAAGAGCAUCGGAGAAGCCAUCCAGUACUUGCACUCAAUUAACAUAGCGCACCGGGAUGUUAAGCCAGAAAACCUCUUGUACACCUCAAAAAGGCCCAACACUGUACUGAAACUCACUGACUUUGGUUUUGCUAAAGAAACCACCACCCACAACUCCCUGGCCACACCGUGCUACACACCUUAUUAUGUGGCCCCGGAGGUGCUGGGCCCGGAGAAGUACGACAAGUCUUGUGACAUGUGGUCCCUGGGCGUCAUCAUGUACAUUUUGCUGUGUGGGUAUCCCCCUUUCUAUUCCAACCAUGGUCUGGCCAUUUCUCCAGGCAUGAAAAAACGGAUCCGAAUGGGCCAAUAUGAAUUUCCCAACCCUGAGUGGUCAGAAGUGUCUGAAGAAGUUAAACAGUUGAUCCGGAACCUGCUGAAGACAGAUCCGACCCAGCGCAUGACAAUAACGGAGUUCAUGAACCACCCCUGGAUCAUGCAAUCGAUGCAGGUGCCCCAGACGCCGCUGCACACUAGCCGAGUCUUGAAAGAAGAGAAAGACUUGUGGGAGGACGUCAAGGAGGAAAUGACAAGUGCCUUGGCCACCAUGAGAGUAGAUUACGAACAAAUUAAGAUAAAGAAAAUCGAAGACUCCUCCAACCCUUUGCUUAUGAAGAGACGAAAGAAAGCAAACCCCUCUGAGCCGACAGCACUCCCCCACUGAGGGCCCCCUCUGAGCCCUGCCUGACCGUCGAGAAAACAAUAGUAUAUAUAAAUAUUUUUUAAAACUACUGUAAAGCUGAAACCCAGACAGUAUGUUCCCCGUGUGAAGCGCUGGCUAGAGACGAAGGCUUCUGGCUUUUUUGCCUAGUGCUGAUGGAUUAGCCCCUCAGGUGAGCCUCUGUAAACACAGGCUGAAGCAAAGAGGCUCAGAGAUAGGAAUAUACUUAGUCCCUUCCAUGCUCCUUUUCUUAACCAUUUCCCUUCAGGGACUGGUGGUUUGGGGGGUGGGGGUGGUCUUGGGUGUGCCUGUGGAUCUGGAGCACCUUUUCAGGCCUGGAAAAUUUCUUUUUAAAGGUCUCGUGGCACAAAUCCCCACUAAACAGAAAGCCUUGGCUCUAAUGGUGCAUGCACAGGGUUAUUUUCAAGUACCAUUGUGCGUGUUUGUUUGGGCUGUGUGUAUGUAUACAUCUGGGGGGCAUGUCGUUAGUAUGUGAGCACAUGCACGCACGGGGGUGUUCUUUCUGGAUGAAUAUGUGGGGGUCUGUAACAUGCCUGGAAUUCAGUUCUAAUCUCAGAGGGCUUUGUGGGGGAGGGAUGCUGAUGCCUCUAACAAAUUCCCUACAGCCACCCCAACCUUCGUGCCAUUAGACCAGAAGCACCUAAUGCAGAUGCCCCAUUGUCCAGUUUUCAUGACUGUCCCAUGCUGUUAGGGCCGAACCCUUUGCAGGGUCCUGCCCUGUCUUUCUCUGGGCUCCUGUGCCCUUGGCUCGCUGUGCUGAGCACAGCAGUCCAGAAUUACCACAUAGCAUCAAACUGCACCUCUUCAAAACUUGCAGUGGAGGUGAAAGCAGACAUGGACGAGCCCCCCUGCAAGUCUGUCUCUCCUCAGGGGGCCGCAGCACUUACCGUUGAGCCUGUGGGAGGCUGAGCCCUUUCACUCACCCCAACUAACCUAUUCCUGCCCCACUUCAAUGUGGGAAACACAGUUACCCCGCAUCGGGGAAGCAGGAGUCAAAUGGGACACUUCCCACCCCGCUUCUGAGCCAUCUGGCUAGUGACUGCUGUGGAUUUCAGUGCUUGCAGUGCUGCGGCAUUUCCUUAAUUCUUCGGCUGUUACUUCCCCCCGUGGCAAGAAGCCAGUAUGGGAAGAAGCCGGUCAAGCUUCCACCAAAAAAACCAGCUGACUCAGGCAUGGAUGGGAGAAAUGGGGAAUGUAUCUAAAAGAUCAGUCGGGCUUUAGUCUUGUUCAGAACUUCAGCUGGGAUUUGAGCACUGACCCCUUCCCUUCCUUCUCUGCCAGGCACCCCGGGCUCACGGUGAGCUCCCCUCUUGAAUCCCCUCCUUGUUUGGCCACAUGCUACCAAAGGGGAAGGCAGUCCCUGACUUCAUCUACGCCCCCACCACCUCUCCGCUCCUGGUGGUGUUUGGUGUUUGCAACGGUCUCUACUCCUGGGAGCAGAAUAGCUACCCUGAAGUCUUUAGUCUGAUUUCUCUUCCUCCCUCCUCCCCCCGCCCUCUUGUCACAUUGUUUCACUGCGUUUUAAUGUGUUCAAAGAAAAAACAUUUUUUAUGGAAAUGUUUAGUUUUUAGGUGACAUUUUAGGCACUGUAUGGAAUUUGAAUUUGUUUUAAAGACAAGUUUUUUUUAAUUUUAUUUUAUUUUAUUUUAUUUUUGUCUGUUGGCUUAUACUAAUCCUUCUGGUCUGCUUUUCCCUCUUUCGGAUUAAAGACACUUCAUGCGUC